UUUGGGAUUGCAAUUGUCCUGGUUCUUAAAGUGGGGUUCAGAGAUCCCCAAGGGCCCAUCAGGCAUAGCCAGUUGCUCUGUGAUUUUCUUUAUUCAUUUUCUUUCUUUCUUUCUUAUUUUUGUUGCACUGUUGGAAAUCACAAUCUACCAUUAAAUAAGUUUUUAUAUAAAGUUAUUAUAUUUAUUAUUGACCUGAGGACCUCUUACAGCUAUUAGUGACUACUAAUUACAAAUUUACAAAUUACUAAUGUACUAAUUAAUAUUUACUACUAAUUACCAGUAACUAUCACUAAUUUACAUUGUCACUUGAAUUGAAUGAGUUUAAUAACUGCAAAACAAUUAGGUCUAUAAAUGAUGUCAACUUGAUUUUAACUAUAGUUUCAAUAAAAAGCAUGUAUUUUUUUCAUGUGUGAGCAUAACAUUCAGUAGUAGUAGUAAAAAAAAACUAUUAAGGAGACUUGAAUAGUUUAGAAUUGAAUAUAAUUGAACAGUUGGAUUAUGUUUAUAAAAUAAAUCUAUACUCCAGGAAUUUUUGCAAAAGCUAAUGGGAUCCCUGACUGGAGAAAAAGGAGAAAGAGAGAGAGAGAGAGAGACAUAGCCUGCUAUAGGCCACUAUAGAGUGCAAAAGCUUCAGUUUGUUAUCAAUUUAUAUCAUCAACUUGCUAUGAAAAUAGAAAACAAAAUAAAUUACAUACUAGUCUAAAUUCCAGUCAUACUGGAACAUGUCCACUAUCCAUCCUGUAGCUGUAAACUUUCCAGUCCUCGCAAAGCAUUCUGGGUAAAGCGUCCUACGCCCAAAAUGGCGGCACGAUUGAAAAGUUUGCUGCUGUUUUUGUUCUAGUUUGAAGUUUAGUUUAUUUUUGUUACUUUGUCUGCUUUAGUUACACAAGUACCUGCCCUGAAGUGAAGAAAGAAGAGAAAGUUUUCUUCUAAUAUUGCCACAAAUAAGUGAUAGAGCUGCGGUUUUAUUCCUGCUUGUAGAGUUUCCGAGCGGGGAUCACUGCUCACAUUAACCUUCCUGGGACACAGAGAGAGACACCACUGCUUACUGGAGCAGCGCGAUUUUCAAGCUCCGCUAGUCUCCUCUAUCCAAUUAAACAUGAAUAGCACUUGUACAUAGAGAUGGGGGAUGAUGAAAAGAAAAUUAAAAAGCCAGGUAUCGUGUCCCCGUUUAAGCGUGUGUUUCUGAAGGGCGAGAAAGGGAGAGAUAAGAAAGCUCAGGAGAAGUGCACUGAACGACGGGCUCUUCACACCUUUGCACUCUCUGUCCCCGACCACCGUAUCGACCCAGACAUCCUGCUCAACGAUUACAUCGAGAAAGAGGUCAAGUAUCUGGGGCAGCUGACCUCAGUCCCAGGAUACCUUAAUCCCUCCAGUCGCACUGAGGUUUUGCAGCUGAUUGACAAAGCCAGGAAGUCUCACCAGCUGGCAGGUCAGCUGACAUCGGAACAAGAUGCCGUGGUCAGCCUGUCUGCGUACAACAUCAAGCUGGUGUGGCGUGAUGGAGAGGACAUCAUCCUGAGAGUACCCAUCCAUGACAUCGCUGCCGUUUCCUACAUUCGAGAUGACUCCCUGCACCUGGUGAUUUUGAAGACAGCCCAAGAGCCUGGAGGCUCACCUUGUCCCAGCACAUGUCCGGAGCUGUCGAAGUCACCUACUCUGAGCUCUUUAUCUGAGAGUGGAGCUAUGGAUGUCUGCUGCCUGCUCGUGCUGGCCGUCGAGAACAAGGCAGCAGCAGAGGAGCUCUGUCUGCUCCUCAGUCAGGUCUUCCAGAUAGUCUACACAGAAUCUACUAUCGACUUCCUGGACAGGACUAUCGACUUUCUUGACGGAGCUACAACGCCCACUCGGCACCUCUCCCUCUACAGCGACGACUCCUCAAGCAAGGAUGUUAAAGAGCCAUUUGAAGGAGGCCCAGGCACAUUCUUGUUUCAGAGCUCAUUAGAGGCGGCAGGACAUUCUCCAUGUUCAUCGCCAUCAUCCACACCAGCAUCGCCACAGGACAAAACAGCCAGCGAGAGUGAACUAAGCACAACAGCAGCAGAAUUACUCCAGGACUACAUGACAACGUUAAGAACAAAAUUGUCCUCUCAGGAGAUUCAGCAGUUUGCCACACACUUGCACGAGUACAGAAAUGGUGCCUCCAUCCACGAGUUCUGUAUCAACCUGAGACAGCUCUACGGAGACAGCAGGAAGUUCCUCCUACUCGGCCUUAGGCCCUUCAUCCCAGAGAAGGACAGUCAGCACUUUGAGAACUUCCUUGAAACCAUUGGCGUGAAGGAUGGCCGCGGCAUCAUUACCGACAGCUUUGGCCGCUACAGACGCACAGCCAGUUCAGCUUCUGACUCGACCACCAAUGGCAAUGGGGCAGCAGGAGGGUCAGAUGAAGGAACAGUGUCCUCUGAGGGUGACGAGUGGGACCGCAUGAUAUCAGACAUCAGCAAUGACAUUGAGGCGUUAGGGUGCAGUAUGGACCAGGACGGUGUGUCACCCUGACAGCAAUCCUUUCUCAGUGUGCUUUAGCCAAUCACCACUUGAUAUACUGACUGUUACAUAGUUCACUGGUCCAUGUCACUUUGUCAAAUGAUGCUGGAAUGUCAAUACUAUGCCACCUCAGUUUAAUCCUGGCUCUUAUGUAUUGCUGUGACCACAUUUCAGUCAUUCACCUGGAUGAUGGUGCUUUUUGAGACACUUGAAGUGCAUGCAGACCUUCUGUAACUGUGCGUGGCACAGAUGAUGCUUUCAUGAGAGUUUAUUGGCAGUAUCUGCUAUCGGUCAUGACACAGUAGCUUUUUAGGCUGAUCUGCGACCAGCGUUUAGGUUUCUUUUAUGAAGGCGUUAGAUUGAAACUCCAUUUUAAAUCUCAAGCGUUCACAUUUAAGAUUAAUGCAAAAAUUUUGCGAUACCAUUGGCGUCAAGCGGGGAUACCGGGACUGAUGAGACGCAAAACGAAGUGGAAUAGCUAUAUUUUUAUGAAGCACAUUUGAAAUGAUUCAUGUUAGUGGAUUGUGAGGUAAGUCAUAUGCAUGGAUUUCACAGGGAAAUCAAGGCAGUCAUUCGGGUACCUUCAGUAUCAAAUGCAGAUUCUUGAAAAGACAGUUCUUUUUUACAGCAUGAGCAAGGGGAUUAGAAAAGAUCAGGGUUUCCGGGGAGGUGUUUUUACUUGCCAAUAUUAGCAGCAGUUUGACAGCUGAUUCUCAACUGCUAGGUUUAUUUUAAGAUUAGUAAACCGAGUGUCUGCCUGAACUGGUAAGUAGAGCCAAGGUGUGUUCUCGGACACAUUUUGAGUUUCACUUAACAGUUGUAUGGAUCAGUGGUUUCCUGUGUAUUGUCACUUAUGACAGUUUUUCUUUUCCAGUUUAGCUUAACUUCCGAUCCAUCAAGUGUGUUUAUUUCUCUCUUUGUAUUAACUGUUUGAUGUGUUAUUCUUAUUUGUAUUGCAUAACUUUUAAACACAUUUUACUAUUACGUUUUUACAACUAGUGCCGGUUGUAAUUACCCCAUGAUUUGCAAUGCACCAGGUAGAGAAGGUAGCUCUAUAUAUUUGUUGGUUUGGGCUGACAACUUUGGAGUCUUUAGAUAUUUGACAAAGCCAGUUAGCUGGCUGAUGGUGUUCAGUGUUUUGUUACACUGCAGAGCAAAUAUGUCUUGUUAUACAGUAUGUUGUAGCCUUCUAUGAGUUUUUGGUAGCCUGACAUUGUGCCUUGCAGAACAACUGCUUAUUUUAUCAUCCAACAGGGAUGUAAGAAUCAUUCUGUAAUCUGUUCAGAUUGUGACCAAGGAGUUGUAUUAAAUAUUAAGUUUAG